AUGGCAGCACCACACGAAAUAGUAACAACAUUCCAAAAUUGGAGAAGGAAUAAAUUAACACAAGAACACCCAGAGUUUGCAACGAUGGAUAACAGUGUGUUGACAGUACCAAAGUUCUUGGCAUUAUCUACAUUUGAUCCAGAUACGCAAAUCGAUAUUGUAAAGACUAGAGCUGAACAAUAUUUUAUCGAUCUUGUCACCUAUCAUGUUGGCGACCUUGGUUUGAAAGCUCUCACAAUGACCAAACCAACUUUGAAUGCAGACUUGGUAGCACUUAUUCAAGACCCAGCCAUCACUCAAUUCUUUACAGAGUAUUCUCCACUUUGGUUAUUACAGGCUAUCUAUCAUCACGAGGUUGGACCUUACAAAUCAGAUAUCAAAGGUGGAUCGGUGGAAGAUGAGAUGUUUGCAAUUAAUCGUGGCAAUAUAUUCAUUCGUAUCACUAUGAUGUUGUAUCAUAUUGCACUCAAAGAAUUGGUUCCCGAACUACUGCCAUACAUCUAUUGGAGUGAUCUCAAUGUCUUUCAACAACGUGUCAGAGUCUAUUUUAACAACGCAGACAAUACUAGAAAUUGGAUGAUCAAAGCUAUUCAGUGUCAAGAUGCUAGUGUCAGUAGAGAGCCACGGUUCUUUAAUGCAUACCUUUUCAACGAACUCAAAACCAAGCUAGACCUUUUACAACCAAAUAAUCGUCUUUCCAAUGAUUUACUUGGAGUGUACAUGUACUCGUUGCUCUCUUACUAUGCCACCAAGAAUCUCAUCAACUCUCCAGUCAAUAGAAGAAUCAUUAUUCGUUCAAAUGAAAUUAUUCUACAAAGAAUAACGUCUAAUCCAGCCAACACGAAUAACCCAACUAUCGCAACUGCAAUGUCUGCACUUGCAUGUGACUUGCCAACAUUUAUCGGAAAAAUGUCUACUCUUGUCGCAAAGAUGUCUUUGGAAGUUCCUUUUGAACAAGUUGUUCCAACUGACAGUACCUUUCAAUCUUCUGCAACACCAUUUGACAAACAGUCCCUCGCCACCACUGAAUUCUCAGCACUCCAAGAUGAUGCCGCCUUUAUCAGGUUUGCCAACGCUAUCUUUUGUGCUUGUCAUGUUGGUGUGUUGGCCUAUGGCAUUCUCAAUGGUCAAAACCAAGUCGAUAUCAUCAAAUAUGAUCCAUCUCUAGUUUAUGUAGGUGAAGGUUUAUUCAUCUAUAAAUAUGCCGAUGGUAUUGACCAAGGACGUGUAUUUACAGUGAUGGGUGACUUUCUUAGAAAGUUAACCAAUGAAAUGGCCAAAGAUGCCACCGAUGUAUUCUCUGCCUACCAAAACUUUAUUCCAAACCUCGUCCUUAGAAAAACCAAUCAACAUAUCAUGCGUCUAGUUCCAUCACUCUACAUUCUCACUCGAGACCAACAGGCACAUGUACUUUUUACAAAGUCGUCAGAUGAAAUAUUGGAUUGGUCCGAACUCGUCAUUGACUUGCACAUUAUGGAUGAAAAUGAAAUAGAUAAUUGUGUUCCAGGUCUAUUUACAGUACUCAAAAAGGCGUCAUGUGCCGGUCCAUCAACUGCUCUCAUUCUAGGUGUUGGUCUGUACGGUCUGUCUGUUUGCUCUAGAGUAUUCCCACAAUUGGAAAUGACAUUUAAACUCUACAAAAAGGCACUCUUGACCAACUCUACUGCACCCGAUCCAAUCGACCAGUUUAUCGAUUCAGUAGACGAAGACCUCAGAAUCAAUUAUGACAAUGACCAAUUCGAUCACAGUGGAUGGGAGAGUUACCACGAAUCAUUAGACCCAAUCAUUCAAAAGGGAUUAGACAUCUUGAUUGAAACUGAAAAUGAUCACCUCAAUGACAUGUUUAAAUUACUUGGAGAGAUGGAAAAGAGAGCCAUUGAAUUGGAAUACAACAAGGUUAGAACUCAAAUUGUAACGGUUGCCAAUCACGUUAGUUCUGUCACUUCAGGAGCUUUUACCAGAAUAGAAGGAUCACAAACCAAUGUGGUUGUUUCUAGACCAAGUAAAAUCAUUGCCAUGGUUCAAUUCUUUUCCGGUGUUUUGAACAAUCCAAAUGGUGGAGUUAGUGUUGAUGUAACAUCUGCACUCAACAAUCAGAUUAUGACAAAUGGUGGUAUGAACAGUUAUCCAUGGCCUACUGGCACUUCAAUUAGUCAUUGUAGAGAUUUAAUGGAUGGUUUUUCUAUUACCCAAGAAAUUGUUCAACCUGGAACCCAUCAAUAUGAAAUUAGAGCAAGAAUAAGAGCUGGUGCUGGUACUGCCAAUAUUAAUGCUCCAGGUGUAGUUUUAUUCAUUGUUCCAUUUAGAGUAGAUGGUUAUGAAUUAAAUUAUAGAAGUGAUGGUAAUGUUACCUAUACAAAGAAUGGAGCAUUAUUAUGGACUCAACAAUGGAUGUCUACUUGGUCAGAUUAUUUAAUGUUUAAAACUAGUGAUGGUAGAGUUUGUUUAGUAUCUUAUAUGGAUGCUAAUGGCUUUAUUAGUGGUGAUAUACUUACAGAUACUGGAUUUACUCCUUUACUUCGUUCAUUGAUUGAUCAAAACUUGGACUUUCAAUACUUUACAGAGUUUUCCAAUAAGAAGGAUGUGAUCGUUGCCAUGAAUAAAAAUGGUGGUCGUAAAUACUACACCAUAGAUAUUCAAGGUGCAACACUCACAGAAUUUACUCCAUGUUGUGGAACCACUUCAGAAUUGUACAAAAAGUUUAUGGAUUUGGAAAAGAGACUUUCCAAGAUUGAGACAUCCAAAGUUACCACUCAAGUCGUCAAAGUCAAUGCCCAUGGCAAUCCAGUCUCAUCUGCAGAUUGGCAACCAAUUAAUGGAUCACAAGCCCAGAUUGUCAUUAGUCGUCCAAGUAAAGUGGUUGCCGUCGUUCAAUAUCACUCUAGUGUCAAUUAUAAUUCCAAUGGUACUGUUAGUAUCGAUGUAACGUCUGCCAUCAAUGGAAAUAUUAUGACAAAUGGUGGACUCAACAGUGAACAGUGGCCAGUUGGUGUAUCAAUGAGUCAAUGCAGAGAUUGGACCAAUGGUGUCUCUGUCACCUCUGAUACACUUCAACCAGGUUUCUAUCAAUACGACAUUAGAGCUAGAUUAAGAUUCGCCGCUGGCAAUGUGGGUUCAUGUAAUGGUCCAGCUGCUUUAAUCUUUAUUAUGCCAUUUUUUCUUGACAUAAACGCACAUUGUAUUCUAACUUUUUAA